GCAUCAUGGGAGAAAUUAUGCGCGGACGAACGAAAAUAAUUAGAAUCCGUAAAGCAAGAUUUUCUCUUUAUUUAUUGGCGAUUUACACAAAACAUUCGAGGUAAUUCAUAACUGGAGAUUAAUGUUUAGUCAUCAAGCAACACCUAUACGUAUUUCACUGCAGAAUUUGGAACUCAACUUGUGCUGAACAUCGCUUUACGAAAGUUGGGCUCCAAAACGACUGUGUAGCCAGCAAUGGCGGAACGGUUGUUUAUUUAGAAGAAGUCGUUUUCUUUAUAUUAACCGAAGAAGUACAAGUGCUAGUUGUUGAAAUUGGAGAAAACAGAACUCUGCAGUGUUCAUGAGAUACAGUAUAGACGAUAUUAUGCUAUUUGAGUAAGGAAAAACGGGAGGAUUAUUUCAUCAAGUUGUUUACUUCAGUAUCUUCAAUCGUCGCCAACUAGAAGAAGAAUCAAGAGCUGUGUUUAACACCAUGAAACGAUAUCAAUCUAUAAAGCAACUAGGAGACGGAACGUACGGUUCUGUAGAACUUGCGAAAAACAUACAGACCGGAGAAACCGUUGCUAUAAAGAAGAUGAAGAAGAAGUACUUUUCGUGGGAUGAGUGUAUUAAUCUUAGAGAAGUCAAGUCUCUAAGGAAAUUGAGUCAUACAAAUAUAGUCAAGCUAAAAGAAGUCAUCCGGGAAAAUGAUCACCUUUAUUUUGUUUUUGAAUAUAUGAAAGAAAACUUGUAUCAGAUGAUGAAGAAUAGGGAUAAGCUUUUACCAGAAUCAGUUAUUAGAAAUGUUAUCUAUCAAAUUCUACAAGGCCUAGCAUUCAUCCAUAAACAUGGAUAUUUUCACCGAGAUAUGAAGCCAGAGAACCUGCUUUGCACUGGCCAUGAACUGGUCAAGAUAGCAGACUUUGGUUUGGCAAGGGAAACAAGAUCAAGGCCGCCUUACACAGAUUACGUAUCUACAAGAUGGUAUCGUGCCCCAGAAGUCCUUCUGCGGUCCACAAACUACAGCUCCCCCAUUGAUAUAUGGGCAGUGGGGUGCAUAAUGGCAGAGCUAUACACAUUAAGACCACUGUUUCCCGGGAGCAGUGAAGUUGAUGAAAUCUUCAAAGUUUGCAGUGUGCUUGGCCCCCCAAAACCAGAUGAAUGGCCGGAAGGACACAAACUAGCUUCUGCUAUGAACUUCAAAUUCCCACAAACAAAAGCAACAUCGUUGCACUCGCUUAUCCCUAAUGCCAGUGCUGAAGCAAUACAGCUCAUGCAGGAAAUGCUCUUUUGGAACCCCAAGAAACGGCCCACUGCGGCACAAGCCCUUCACUUCCCCUAUUUCAAAGUUGGUCAAAACCUUCCAAAACCACAGACAACAAAAACUGCUACAGAAAACAAACCACCGCAGAGUUAUGCCGUCACAGAUAGACCCAGCGGCAAGAGAUCUGGAGCAAACCUUGCAAAUGAACUUACCAGCGGGAAAAAGCCACAGCCCGCAUCUAAUAAAGGCCCGCUACAGAAUUAUAACAGUGGUCGGAAGAGGUGGGGAGGUGGCGGAACAGGGGUGGGGGUGAAGGACAGUACAGACGAGUUUGAAUCCCUUCUAAAUGAGAUUGACAGCAGUCAACAUAAAAAGCCACCAGUCAAAAGGACCGACGCUAUCGAUUCAUUCUCAGACGAAAAGCUGGACUACAAAGGUUCUGGUAUUUCCCGACGAACGCCUCCCAGCGCCAAGCAGCAUUACAUGAAGCAAGCGCGCUAUUUCCCUGGACAGACUACCCAGCGGGGAGCACAGAACGGAGCAGUCCCCGUGGGGGGAGGGUGUGGAGGUGGCAGUAAUACCUUCGUGCGAAAGUCGUCUUUUGGCAUCGGCGGAGGAGGCUCGUAUGUCCCCUCGUUCCAGUCUUCUGGAUAUGGAGGAGGAGCGCAACCGUCCCACGUGGGGGGAGGCUUAAGUGGCGCCAUGUGGAAACCAGUGCUAACCAAGCAGCCCAGCGGAUCCAUGUUCCAGCCACCCGGCGCCACUAACCGUACGACCAAAUAUGGCGCAGUGCUCGGUCGUACGGAUUGGAGCACGAAGUAUGGUGGAGGAAGAACUUGAAAUGUCCAGGCUGCUUCAAUAAUAACACAAACAAAUUUGAUAAUAAAAAUUUAACACCAGGGUUUGAUAGAAAAAUAGAUUAACAAGCAGAUGUCUCUCAAACUAACGUAUAAAUGGCAUCACAAUUAGUAAAUAUUGUACAUACUGUUAUUUAUUGCGAUAUCGUUCUUUGUUGAAACCGUUUUUGUUUAACCAUGUCAGUCUGGAAUGAAAUGAUUAUUACGGAACUUAAAUGGUUAUUACCGAACUUGGUCAUCAAAGACCAUUUGGUGCAUAUUUAUUCAAUAAAUGUUGUCCUGGCAAAUAGCGAAUGUCAAUUGUCCGAAGACAGCUUAAUAGAAAAAGUUGUUUUAGUCUUCUAAUUUUUUCAGAAAAAUAAUUUUAAAUCAUUGUUGUUUUCUAUUGUCAAUCCCUUUUACCAUUAUGAUAAAUAAUACCUUUCUGUCAUUCGGCAAUGCUUUUUUCCUGUUUGCCCUUACAACUUUUUGUCGGAAAGUCUUUUGUCCCAGUUUACCUUUCAAAUCUUCCAUUCACUACUGUUUGCCGAGGCAGGAAAACUGUCAACUGUUCUUGUUUAUUUGUUGUUGUUUUAGUAAAUCUAUGUUUUAGUAAAUUGUUUUAGAGAAAAGUGUAAAUUCUUAGAAGCCUAUCCACGCAUCUAGUGUGUAAAUAUGUCCACAGUUUUAUCCUGCUAUAGAGAUAGAAAAAAAACAUGAAUUACUUUCUUGGGUUAGAAGACGGGAUUUAGAUUGGAAAGUAUCCUUGUUGUUUUAUCCCAGUUUCGCCCUCAAAUUCUUAAAAUGUUACGUUUUUUUCACUACUGGUAAAUAGGUAGUAGAAAAUAGAUAGUAAAUAGUCGUGCUUUCAGUGUUGUGACCAUUGAGAAGAUCUUAAGGGAGUAAUUCACUUGCUUCGCUUUAUUCUCUGUGGCCAGACCACAGCCUGUAAAUACAAUGAUUUGAUGACAAAAAUACAUUUUUCAUUACACUGCAA